GCACGAAUGAAUGAUUUAAAUCCCGAGCACGAUUUAUUUUGAGCAGGGCAGGCAAAUUCUUUGGCACAAGAAGAACGAAAGAGAGAUUGAGAGAAAGACCUGUGAAGAUCACAAGUCAUCACCAGUCACGAGCUACGGCACCGGUACGGUAUCGAGCUAGCUACCAGGUACUGGUACUGCUACUCUCCUUGGUCUCGGUUGGACCUUCGCCUUGUAAAGAUCGCAAGGUCUGACUGGUCUCUGUAAAUUCACAAGCUGGUGCCUUGAUCCGCCUGUCAGCAAAGUUGCUGUCCCAAAUCCAUUGUUUGGGGGAACAGAGCACCAUGAGAAUUGCCUUUUUUCGUCGCUUGCUGCCGCUUUUAGUGGUUCUCUGUUUGCAGCAACAAGCCACCAAUGGCGAAGAGAAUCUUUACCGCCUUCUGGGGGUGUCCAAGUCAGCAACAACCAAGGAGAUCAAAAGUGCCUACCGACGAAAAGCACUCGACACUCACCCCGACAAACGCAAAGAUAUUCCAGCGGAACAAGCGGCCGCUGAAUUCCACAAGGUUGUCCAAGCGUUCGAAGUCCUCAGUGACAAAGAUUCUCGUCGCAUGUACGAUCGUACUGGACGAGUCCAACAGGGAGGCGGAAAUCAGAACAACAACGCUGGCAGAGGAGGAGGAGGAGGCGGAGGAUUUGGCGGCGGAUUCCAGUUUCACUGGAAUUUUCAUGGUGGUCACUAUCAGCGUCGUAGUCGUCGUUUGAAAGAUCAAUUUAAAGUCAAGGAGUGUAUGAGUCGAGUCAUGCACAUUGUCAGUCUCAGCCAGCUUGAAACGGUCAUGCUCGAUGAGAAUGGGUUGCUGGAACGCAAUCUGCUCAUGGUCUUUGUCACGCCAGGCGACGUGGAAACACUUGUGGAUGACGAAAUUGUAUUUCCGUACCCCUUUGCAGCCAUGUCAGAACAAGGAAUCUGGUGGGAAGAUCUUCUGCAGACAGCCAAGGUCCGAUACAACAAAAUCAACGGACUCUCCAAAUUCUUCAAUCUACCAACUGGCGACAGCAUGCGCAAACGGGGAAAACCAAUCUUCUUGUUUGGACGUAGAGGAAAACCUCUCAAACCGGAAAGCUUCACCAGACUGGAAACUGGCAGUCGAGAUGAAUUCGACAAGUGGAUGUGGCGACAGAUUGAAGUACAAGUGCAUUUCCGAAAUGAUCAUCAUCACCCAGUCGAGUUGUUCUGGAUUCAUGGACAGAGAGCUCAUGACAAGGGGACGUUGGAGCCCGGUCAUGGCGUCGCGCUCACUACAAUGUUGACACAUGAAUGGUGGGUCAGGGACUCCCGUGUUGAUAAACGGAACGACUCGCCCGGACGGCACAAACUGAGCAAGGAGUCCAUGGCGGCAAUCUGGAAAAUCAAGGACGACCAGCAAAAAGAUUACAUCAUCCCGCCGAAGGACUGCAUUGACCUGUCGGGUCAUUGCACAUGGUGGAAAGGACAAGGCGAAUGUCGAAAGAAUCCAGACUUUAUGCGCGAGGUAUGCCCGCUCACGUGCAAGCAUUGUUCCGAAGCAAACGACAAGUUCAAAUCAUAUGAUCACAAGGAAUUUGCUUAGAUGUUGUUGCUGCUGCUAAUGUUGAUGCUGAUGCUGAUGCUGAUGCUGAUGAUGAUGAUCUAUCAUACAAAAUGGGUACCGGCAUGGUGCUUCAGAGGAUGACAAUGGCAUUGAUACAUCCCAGAAGAACAGAUUGGUAUUGACCAGACCACCAAAUAAAAGGCAAUAACAAACCAGCCUGCAUGUCCUGCAUGUCACUUUUAGAAAUGUGUGCAUAUUGCUUCAAUGACUUCAUGUUAUCAAAGUUCCAAGGAUCCAGCAAUUUAUGUUGUACUAACAAUAAGUGCUUGUCUUGAAGCGAGACUAUAACAGAAGUAUCACAAGUUCUAUAUUCAUACAAAUUUUAACUUCAAGCAUGCAUGUAGUAGUUACACAAACAAUCAUCGUUUCUUGUGUGCUCCUCCCAAGCAAGACCUCCCAAAUUGUGCUGCUGUACAUGUAUCAUGAUGGGGAUCUCGCACCUGACAGAAGAAGCACUGCGAAGGCACAUGAUAUGUGGCCAGCUACACUAGUAGUAGGCCUUCAGCCUGGGCAACCCUUCACCUCAACCCAGAAAAGCACACUAGUGGCCUCGGACAACCCAAGGUACAGCGCAGCACACCGCUGGGAAGAGCAAGCAAAAAGAAAUGUGAUACAGGUGAAACCGGAGUGGGCGAACAGUGCAACCAAGGCGACCGGAACUGACAGGCCACAGUUACUUGUGCUUUCAGAAGUGGUUGUCCCAUACGGUACUGUAGUGAUGGGGCUUUGCCUUGGGGGCAAGAAGAGUUUGGUUGGGUCAAGUCCCCAGUCAAGUCUGGGUCCUGAGAGAUGGGCUUCCCUAUCCUGCCGAUGCCAAUACAGCUUUCUGGCUUCCAGAGUUGAGACGUCAUACAAUUGAAUAGAUCAAGAAGUCAGUCACAAGCGAGUCCCUUUUUACUGGUGAC